CCCACAACAAGCAGACGUUUAAAGCAGAAGUGAUCGCUGCUGGUGCGGUCGUGACUCAUUUCUUCAUUAUUUCGAGUAAAUGAACUAAUUCUCUCUUUCUCUGACUCUGACUGUGUCCGUACAAUCAGACUUCGGGACGAUGUGAACACGCAGAGUGAAGUUUACAGAUACAGACCUCAGACAAAAAGAGGCUCCUGGCUGUGUGUGUGCCCAGGAAUGAUGCCUCUUUACUGGGUAGUGCUUUGGUCAACGCUCCCUCCUCUGGUUCUCUGCUGUGCUCCAGACUGCUGUUCUGUACACGAGAGCAGCAGCAACGUGUCUCCGCUGCUGAAAUCCUUACAGUGCCACAACGACUACAAGUCCCAUGUCCUCUGCAGCUGGAGGGAGCACAGAAACACAACCCUGACGCUCUGGUUCAAGACAGAAGACAACAGGGAGCAGUGUUUGCCUUGCGGUGCUGAAGAUGGAAAAGAGCACAGGACUGUCCAGUGUCGAUAUGAAACCCGGACAUUUUCCAUCGGCAUCAAACACACCGUCUUCUUCCUGGAGAACAACACACUCUGCUCGUCUGUCCCACACAAGCCUCUGGAUCUUUCCCAGCACUUGAGAGCCCGCCCACCAGUGAAUCUAUCCUCCCAUGAUGGAGGUGAUGGAGGCCGGCGGCUCAGCUGGUCCAGCCCGUACCCCUCCUCUUCCUCUCUGAACAGAAACCUCACAUAUCAGCUCAGCUACAGGACACAUGGACAGGACAACUGGACGUGUGAGGAUGUCACAAACACCAGUGUGAAACUGGAGAAGGGGCUUUUACUCCCGGGUCGCAGCUAUGAAGCCCGGGUGAGGGUCCGGGCCAGCGUGGGCCAGUGGAGCGACUGGAGCCCUGUGGUGACCUGGCACUCUGAAACAGACACUGGGCAGAUUCCCAGCUUGCAUUGUGUCCUGGAUGGAGAGAGGGAGGUGACGUGCAGCUGGGAGGUGAGCAGGGACGUGGAUCACUUCAUCACCUACCAGCUGGUCCUUCCAAACAACCAGACGCCGCCGUCUGAGAGGCGCUGUGUGAACCUGACAGUGAGCUCGGACCCCGGUGGGGGGGUUGUGAGGUACAGCUGCUCCCUGACGGAUGCAGACCCCAAACAUCUGCUGGUAGAGCUCCAACCAUCCCACCCUGCCAAGAGCUUUAACGUCUGCGAACACAUUCGUCCCAAACCCCCGCAGCAGGUGAGUGUGAAGCCAAAAGACAGAAACUGGAUGGUGGAGUGGACUCAACCAGCUUCAAAACUUGACCUGUAUCCACCUGGUCCGUAACAAAACUGAUCUACGUCACCAUCAGUGUGUUUGUGACCACAGUCGUCCUCGGACUCUACUUCAGCAUACCAGCUUGCCAAAGGAGGGUGAUUCUGUGGGUGGACUCAGUUCCCUCUCCGGCCAAAAGCAAAAUCCUGUCCGAGAUUGAGGCUGCCCCCAGUACCUUGAUGCAGAAUGAGAGCGCCACCAUGUGCAGAGUGCUGAGUUUGGACAGUGAAUAUACAUGCUCCUCAGAUGUUCUGCUGUGGCCGACUAAGGACACGGAGAAGAAGCGCCUGCAGGAUGAACACAGCUGGAAGUGUGAUGACCUUCCCCCCCCCAAUGAGAAAGUCAGCGGCUCAGACUCAUCCUCCAUGAGCUUCAGCGGGCCGUACAUCUUCUGCCAGUCAUCAGAGUCCGAGAGCACAUCAAUGGCUGUCAAAUGUGAAGAGGAAGAGCAAGAAGCCCCAACAGAAGCCUCUCCUUUCCUGCUGAACUUUACUCUUUUUGGGGAAGGCUACAUUUGUCUGCCCAACCGCAACGUCUCCAGGUCCACACAGGACCUCGUAUCUCACAGCAGUGCAAACACAAACAGCGCCGAGCAGAACCAACAGAGUCCAGUUGAGAUGGACGUCCAGUUGGGCCUUAACGAGCCAAUCAGCAGCCCCCAAACUCAAGCCUUCACUUCCUGGCCUGAAGGGGGCGCCACGCAGGCCUCGGGGUACUGCCACUUCCCAGGAGCAAAGUGACCUGAAGGAGGACUUAAAAGGCUUUUUCAGCUAAAUAAAUAUAAAGCUUUUCACUUUAUGUUAAGCUUCAAGUGCCUCCAUGUGAAAAAUGCAUCAUCAGUAUUAACAAAUGGGGUUUUACACAAGAGAAGGGAACCAUUUUGCUUGGUUUUAUGUCUUAUCUCACCCUGAUAUCAGGGUUGUUGUCUGACCAAUGGAGGGCAAUAGUGAGCUGAGCCUGGGAUGGCAGUGCAAGGAAAUGUAAAGGAUGGAUUUCAGUAUUACCAACAACAUAUAUCUAUCUUUGAGCUUUCUUUCCUCACAAGUCAGAAUGACACAACAGCACCUUACAAUGUAAUAUAAUACAACAGCUCUAAUUAAAAGGCUACUUAUGAAGUUCUGAUUGUUUCAUUUAAUGAUAAGAGAGUUUCUCAGUUUCUCGAGAAAAUGUUACAUAAUUUACUUCCGUAUACAUUUUCUCACGCAUGUAAAAUGCUAGGCAGAUAAUUUCUUACCACAUAUUCUUAAAGAACUGUGUUGAAAUGUAGUCACUUUUAUUACUUCCCUAAGUCGGCUGUCUCUGGCACAGCUGAGGUGAAAAGCAGAUUUAUGGAACUGUAUUUUAUGAGAAAUGAAUGUAUGUUUGCUGACUGGCGUGUUCGCUGCGGUCAUGUUUGCACAGAGGUGUGUCAGUUAGGACCUUGUUGUCAAUGUUGGAGCAUACAUGUUGCUGAAUGUAUAUUUACAGUAGUCUACAGGCUGAUGUGAUACUGCUAUGUUGUGUUGCAUGGUCACUCUGUCUGAGGCCUGCAGAGAAGUGUGUUAAAUGUAAAUAAGUGUAACUUGCCAUCUUCUUCAUCUGUUAUUUACAGUAAACUUAUAUACUGUGAUAAUAACUUGAACAUGUAAAAUGUAGGAGCACAAGUUUCCAGGCUGCAGGGGAAAAUGUUUACCUGCUACACCUAGCUAAAACAAAAGCAGUAUGAUAACAGACCUGCAAUAAAUCCUAUAUUCAUGACGGUUGUAAUCGUUAAAUGUUUGUUAAAACUGUUUUGAUAAAGCUGUUGAGUCAACUUUAGGUCAUCUUGGAA